AUGGCUCCAUUCUCAGAGAGUCAAGAACCCUUUUUUUACUGGCUGGACAUUGGGGAAGGGAAAGAAAUAGAAAGGAAGCCUUAUGAAGUUAUUGUGGUAGACGGAAAGCUCGUAUACAAGCAAGCAGGGAAGCUUCUCCAUUCGAUCGAAGAAACGGGUGAUGCUAAGUGGAUUUUUGUCCUCAGCGCAUCGAAGAUCUUGUAUGUUGGCGUGAAGAAAAAGGGUACAUUUCAACAUUCUAGCUUCUUGGCCGGAGGUGCCACUAUUGCUGCCGGAAGAUUAGUUGUUGACAAUGGUGUCCUCAAGGCAGUUUGGCCUCACAGUGGUCACUAUCGUCCUUUAGAAGAAAAUUUUAAUGACUUCGUUUCAUUUCUAAGGGAGAACAAUGUAGAUCUUACUAAUGUCAAGAUGACUCCAGUGGAUGAGGAAGGAAACUUGGUUGGCAAACAAAUAAUCAGUAAUCAUCACAGAUGCAACUCAUCGGUGGAAGACUUUAACUUUGAGGUUGAAGAGAUCAAUGUCACAGACUCGACCGAUAUGGUACUUGAUUCGGAGGAACAAGAAGCUAGUGCAGCCUUGAACUCCCCAAGUCAAAUAGGCGGCUUAGCCUUUGCUGAAAACUGA